GAUAGCUUAAUGUGAAGUGAGAGUGGGGGAGUGAGUGGCUUCCUUCAUAGAAAGCGGAGCAGCACAAAAAAGUGAGGUCUCCAUUGUUUUCCAUUGGAUUUUUGCGUUGCGUUGCAUUCUCCAAUGCUUUCUCUCAACACCCUCCAACACAACCCCUAACCCUGCAUCUCCGUUUUCCUUCUUCUUCUUCUUCUUUCAAAGCAAGCAGCUAUGGCUUCUUCAGUAGUGUUGUUUUCUCUGUUGUUAUUGUUGUUGUUGGGUCUCUUUAGUUCUCACUCCUGUGCUGCUAGGCUCGGUGGUUCAAGACAGAAGCUUGAAGUCAAUAGGCAUUUGAAUCGCUUGAAUAAGCCUCCUGUUAAGACCAUUCAGAGUCCAGAUGGGGAUUUCAUAGAUUGUGUGCAUAUCUCUAAGCAACCGGCUUUUGAUCAUCCUUUCCUUAAAGAUCACAAAAUUCAGAUGAGGCCUAGUUUCCACCCUGAAGGGCUAUUUGAUGAGAACAAGGUUUCUGAAAAACCCAAAGAGAAGAUUAAUCAGCUGUGGCAUGUGAAUGGGAAAUGCCCCGAAGACACAAUACCAAUUCGGAGAACAAAGGAAGAGGAUGUCCUUAGAGCUAGCUCAGUUAAAAGAUAUGGAAGGAAGAAGCACAGGUCAAUCCCGAAGCCUAGGUCAGCACAACCUGAUCUUAUUAACCAGAGUGGUCAUCAGCAUGCAAUAGCAUAUGUUGAAGGGGACAAGUACUAUGGAGCAAAAGCCACUAUUAAUGUGUGGGAACCUAAGAUUCAGCAGGCGAAUGAGUUCAGCUUGUCGCAGCUCUGGAUAUUAGGAGGCUCGUUCGGCCAAGAUCUUAACAGCAUUGAAGCUGGCUGGCAGGUUAGCCCUGAUUUAUACGGCGAUAACAACACUCGGUUAUUCACCUACUGGACAAGUGAUGCAUAUCAAGCUACAGGUUGCUACAAUCUUCUUUGCUCAGGAUUUAUUCAGGUCAACAGCGAAAUAUCAAUGGGUGCAAGCAUAUCUCCGGUUUCUGCUUACAGAAACUCCCAGUAUGAUAUCAGCAUCCUUAUCUGGAAGGAUCCAAAAGAGGGACACUGGUGGAUGCAAUUUGGGAAUGACUAUGUAUUGGGAUAUUGGCCUUCAUUCUUGUUCUCAUACUUGGCAGACAGUGCCUCCAUGAUUGAAUGGGGUGGUGAGGUUGUGAAUUCUGAGCCUGAUGGCCAACACACUUCAACUCAAAUGGGAAGUGGCCAUUUCCCUGAAGAGGGUUUUGGAAAAUCAAGCUACUUCAAGAACAUUCAAGUGGUUGAUAGCUCCAACAAUCUCAAAGCUCCAAAGGGACUUGGAACCUUCACUGAGCAAUCAAAUUGCUAUGAUGUUCAAACAGGAAGUAAUGGUGACUGGGGACAUUACUUCUACUAUGGAGGACCUGGUAAAAACCCUAAUUGUCAAUGAGGCUAAAAAAAAUCCAAGAUGAAGGGAAAAAAAUUGAAAAAAGAAAAUGCAAAUUAUCCUAGCCUAGUCUUCUCCCUUGUAUCAUUAUUAAACCCUAAUGUUAAAUCCCCGUUCUUUUUUCUUUUCUUUCUAUCCUCUUCUCUUGUAUACCCUUUUUUUUUUCUAGUGGAAAGUUUUGUUUUUUUUUUCUUUUGUUAAAAAUAUUGAACGAUUCUCCAUGUAAGGUUAGUGGGUAAGUGUGGCUAAGUUUCUUAAAAGCCUAAAGAAACAAAGGCCUUUAACAUCCUUUGUAUUUUUAUUUGUUUGCUUGUCAAUGACAAUUAAGUGAUCAAAUCCUUCACCUAAUGUCAUUUUUGUAAUUUACUGAAACUAGCUACAACAAUUAGUUAUU